UCUGACAAUUUGACAGAUUGAAAUGAGACCUUGAGGUAUGACAUGCAAAUUGUGAGUAUAUAUUAGGCUGCUAGUUACAAGCUUUGGUUCACAGCUACUUGGCUAUGGGGGAGUUCAAGCACUUUGUAAUUGUUAAGUUCAAGGAAGAUGUGGUUGUGGAAGAGCUGACAAAAGCGAUGGAGAAGCUGGUCUCAGAAAUUGAUGCUGUUAAGUCCUUUGAAUGGGGACAGGACAUUGAAAGCCUAGAUAUCCUGAGGCAAGGUUUCACUCAUGCUUUCUUGAUGACAUUCAGCAAGAAAGAAGACUUUGCUGCAUUUCAGGGCCACCCAAAUCAUGUUGAGUUCUCUGCAACAUUUUCAUCAGCUAUUGAGAAGAUUGUGGUGCUGGAUUUCCCAUCCACUCUUGUCAAGCCGCCAGCAGCUGCAUGAUUCUGAAGAUGUUUUAAGCAAUAAAGAUUCCAACUUUAAGAGUUGUAUCUGUUUGGUGUAUGCAUGUAUCAUGUAUGUGCUUGUGCCCCCUAUUUGUAGUUUUGGUUAUGGAUUGUUUUGCCACCGCUUCUCAUGCAGUUUGAAUUCCUACUAUGACUUGUGAGUAGUGAAUGAUAAAGAUGAACUAGUCCUUUUGCCUUUUGCCUUCUAA